AUGAGUGAACGUGCCUCAGAGCCCCCGGGCUUUCCUGCACUGAAGGUGCGGGGCACCAUGAAUAAGCUGGUAGGAGAGGUCUAUCUCAUUGGCACCAAUGGCUACGAGCUGGUCCGCCAAAUUGGUGAAGACCUGGAUAUGGAUUUGAACCUGCGAUGGAGCGUCUUUGAAGCGAAGAAAAUUUCUAACAGGCUUAAGGUUAUCGUCAAGUCCUUUAUUGAACUGCACCCCGCUUUCGCCUGUCUGCAGCCAAACCGAGGCAUUUAUCGCGGACUAGAACGCACAGCCAUCGAAAGAGAGAUCCGAGCUCUCAGGGAAUGUAGCGAUGUGAAGGGCGUCCCUCAUUUUCUUGAGCGCAGCAGCAGAGAGGUGGCACAGGACCAGCGAUUCGAAUAUCCCGGGGGCGAACUAGAUGUUGUAGUUAUGACUCGGCUACCAGGCUAUCCGUUGAACUUUUAUUACGGCCAGCUUGAUACGUGGGAGGUGGAACAUAUUCGAACCCAAGUCUUAACAAUUGUCAGGUAA